AUGGCGGGGAGGGGGAAGCUAAUCGCGGUGAUCAGAGAUGAGGACACUGUGACUGGUUUCCUGCUGUGUGGCAUAGCGGAGCUUAACAAGAACCGCCACCCUAAUUUCCCGGCGGUGGGGAAGGAUGCAGCUGUCAAUGAGAUCGAAGACACUUUCCCGCAGUUUCUAAACCAGGAUGAUGUCAGCCUCAUCCUCGUCAACCAGCACCUGGUAGAGGCAGUGCAGCUAACCUUCGACGCCCACAGCUCCGUUCCAGUCCUGGUGAUCACAUCCAAGGAGCAGCCCUAUGGUGCCGCCGAGGACUCUGUCCUGGGCAGGGCCAGGGGCACGUUCACUGCCAAAGACCCGGGCUAGGGGACUCCCCACAGCCCUUCAGCCCCUCCCGCAUUGCCAGGCCUCUCCUGGGCUUGCCCUCAGCCCUUCUUUAAAUGUAGAGCCUCUGAUUGACAAUUCCCCGCCCCUUCCCACUCCAUGGAGGGGCUCGGUGAGGCCCUUCUCGGCUGCUGGCGCUCUGCCCUUAAAAUCAAGGCUGCUUAGGGAACGGGAAGCCUAGCCAUCUUCUCUCUCCACUACCUCUUCCCUGUGCU